UUUAGGGUUUCAUUUUCCCUCUCGAUCAUCACCCAGCUCUGUUCGCAUCGGCCUUUGGAAGUAACAGACUGCGCAGCGUCGUCCCAGCUUCCUCGUCGGUGUCGUUUUGUGCAUCUACGUCUCCGUCACACCAGUUUUCUCCACCAAUCCUCGCCGGCUUGUCAAACGUAGCAGUUCAUCAUGGCCAGUAGCAUUGAAGGAGAUCGCAGGGAACCUGUAAAUGAGCAAGUAGUCGCGAACAUGUAUGCUUCUAUGAGGUCUGAACUGAACCAAAUUUACUCGAAGAUCACUGAACUCGAGAUGGAAGUGAGUGAGCACUCAUUGGUGAUUAAUGCUAUUCAGCCACUCGACCCAUCUAGACGGUGCUAUCGCAUGAUUGGAGGCGUGCUGGUGGAGAGAACCAUCAAAGAGGUCUCGCCUGCUGUGCAGCGCAAUAAGGAGGGCCUUGAGGAGGUCAUUGCCCGGUUGAACGAGGCCUUGGAAAAGAAGAAAAAGGAGAUUUCCGACUUUGAGGCCAAGUACAAAAUUCGGAUAAGAAAGGCCGAUAACAAUGAGAAACAAGAUGAAAGUGCCCGAAAGGAAGGUUCUGCGCAGGGAGUCCUUGUGGGUCCUGCAGGUGGAAGUGAAUGAUUGAUGCGUCUUGCAGUUUUUCCUCAUUUUUGUUUUCUUGCUCUUCCUUAGUUGGAACUGUUUUCAGCUUUUGUUGCAGUGUAAUUAGGCUUUGGAGAUUUGGGUAUUUGGUUGCUCCGAUCGGUAGAAUGUGGAGAUGUUAUUCAAUAUGGUACACUUUACGAUUAGUGGCCUGCUAUGCAAAGGUUUGGAAUGAACUAAAGCUAAACUAACAUGGAUCAUAUCAUGUUUUCAAUUUGAAAUGUAAAAACGUGAGUUUCAGCUUU